AUGUCCGUGUCUGAGUGGGUGAGCAGUGAUUGGCUGAAGAUGUGCUGUCCUUCCUGGCUAUUGGCUGCGGCUGUUUUAUGUAUGUGUGGCACCAUCGUGAGCGGGGGAUGUUGGGAGACUGCGGACUGUAGCUCCAGAGAUAAAGUUCUGGAGUGUAUCUUGAAGUGCAGGCUAGAGCAAGCACAUGACGACUCUCCCCAGUCAGAGAACAGUCCUUCCUCCCAAGAGGAGGAGGAGGAAGAAGAGGAGAGCUUGGCACUGGGGCUCGUCCUCUCUCAUCUCUCUCCUGCCGUUUCUCCCGGCUCAGACGACCUCGGUUUGGGGUCGCCCCGCAAUGAUGAGAGGCGCUCCUACUCCAUGGAGCACUUCCGCUGGGGUAAGCCCAUGGGUCGCAAACGCAGGCCCAUUAAAGUCUACACCGCCCUGGAGGACGAGGGGGAGGAGGACUCCGUGGAGACGGCUGUGCCCGUGGCAAACAAACGUCAGCUGGGCAGCCCCGAGGAGCCCAGAUGGGGGGUCCCCCUGGAGCUGCAGCAGGAGAAGAAGGAGAAGCCACCUCUGCGGUACCGUAUGACCCACUUCCGUUGGAAUGCCCCUCUCGCCGUCAAACGCUACGGGGGCUUUACGAAGCCCUUAGACGACCCGUCCGAGGAGCAAUCCCAGAAGCCUCUGCUCACGCUGCUUCGCAACAUCAUGAUGGAGGAUGGACAUUAGACAGGAGAGAAGGAGCAG